AAAUAUUUCAGAGAGUUUGCAAACGAGCUUGGUCCAGAGUAUAAGCAGAUGGUGGACCAAAUCGAAGAAAAUUACGAACUGGUUGAGGAGGCAGUUUUGACAGCAUACGAUACGGCACAACAGGCUGUGGAGCAAGCGAUCGCAGCGAUGCCCAAAUCAGAGUUUGUUCAAAAACUUCGCCAAAUGCGUGAAGGUGGAGGCGAUUUCACGAAACAGCUCACGCAGAUGUUUGAACCAGUCGUUAAGCUCUUCCAUACUUACUCUGUACAGAUGAAAAAUAUAAAGAAGAAGAUUGAUUCCUUGUGA